UGUGCUAAUUACAGGUGAAGGAGAUUUUAUCUCACUAUCCAUCCAACUAUAAACAAUCUGCUGUGAUCCCUCUGCUGGAUCUUGCACAGCAACAGCAUGGUGGCUGGCUUCCCGUUUCUGCAAUGGAUGCGGUGGCUAAGGUUAUAGAGGUUGCUCCUAUUCGGGUAUAUGAGGUUGCCACAUUAUACUCAAUGUUCAAUCGAACUAAGGUCGGCAAAUAUCAUCUAUUGGUCUGUGGAACUACACCUUGUAUGAUACGUGGUUCACGAGGUAUUGAAGAAGCAUUAUUGAAACACUUAGGAGUGAAACGAAAUGAAGUAACGCAAGAUGGUUUCUCUUCUGUUGGUGAAAUGGAAUGCAUGGGAUGCUGUGUGAAUGCUCCAAUGAUUACAGUGGUUGAUUACUCUAAUGGAUCAGAAGGAUAUACUUACAAUUAUUUUGAAGAUGUAACCCCAGAGAAAGUAAUUGAGAUAGUUGAAAAGCUGAGAAAGGGCGAGAAGCCACCGCAUGGCACACAAAAUCCACAGCGGAUUAGGAGUGAACCUGAAGGGGGGAAUACUACAUUGUUAGGUGAGCCCAAACCUCCUCCAUGCCGUGACCUGGAUGCCUGCUGAUGAGUGUGUG